AUGGCGCAGCACCUGAGGUUUCUCACCAGGACCGUCAUGGUGCAGGAGGGCAACGUGGAGGGUGCCUACAGAACCCUCAACAGGAUCCUCACCAUGGACAAGCUCACUGAGAGCAUCAAGCAGUGGUGCUACUUUGAGAAGCCAUGCCGCCAGCAGCAACGGGAGAGCUAUGAAAACUGCCGGCAAAUCUACAACAUGGAGAUGGCCAGCAAGAUCAACUUCUUGAUGCAAAAGCAUCAGGCAGACCCGUGGCAGGGCUGCUGAGGGUCCAGGUUGGAAGCCCUUCACCAGAAGUGUCUCCUCUGCUUUCUAUUUCUGCUGACCUCUCACAAUAAACUCAGGUUCCUGUAACCAGGCCAGUGUGUAGAACACCCCAAAUUGGCAAGGAAUAUCACUGAGUCAGUAAAAGAACAACCCAAAAGAUCUUUUAGGAAUAGAAUGGGGGUUGCUAGGGCCUGACUGGGAGGACCGGAUUUGCUAUUGAGGAACAAACUAAACUGCUC